AAAGUUCUAUCAUUCAUUUUCGAUGUUUUAUUUAUCAAUUAAGCAAAAAGGCAAGAGAAGGGUAAAUACAAACCUAAAACCCUUGGCCCUGUCGUUUCAUAAAACCUAGUGGCUGAAAAGCUCAAGGUUUUUCCAUGGCGCUCAUGGCUCUUCGUCUUCGCAGCGCAGUUACAUUGGCAAGGGAACUUUCUACAUAUUCAUAUUUAUCCCUUUCUUCUUCAGCUGCCGUAAUUAAAAACUCCCCUGCCACUCCCAUCCCAACGGGCUAUAGCCACUUAUGCGGCUUUAAUCAUCAAUCUUUACUGGCCUCACGAUGGACGGUUUCACGUUGCAGGGUUUCAAACUCGGGAUCAGUGUAUUCUCCCUUAGAUUCUAAUAAUUCUGGUGAGCGACCCACCCUGUUCCCAGGAUGCGAUUAUAACCAUUGGCUCGUUACAAUGGAGUGGCCUGAUCCGCAGCCUACUCGCGAGGAGAAGAUCGAUUGCUUUGUAAAGACUCUUGCUAAUGUUGUUGGAAGUGAAGAAGAGGCAAAAAAAAGAAUAUAUGCAUUAUCCACAACCACUUACCAAGGAUUCAUGUGUGAAAUUUCAGAGGACCUUUCGGAGAAGAUCAAGAAGGAACCUGGGGUUGAAUGGGUGCUGCCUGAUUCUUAUGGUGAUCCCAUAAACAAGACCUAUGGCGUUGGGGAUAAGUACAUCAAUGGAGUAAUUAUACCAGAUACAAAAACCUAUAACAAUAGGUCAACUGGAAGGGACAGGCCCCGAAAUCGAAGAAGAGAUUCAAUGCCUUUGGAAAGGAGAGAUGUGCAAAUUAACAGGAACCCUCUCCCUUCAGUUGGUGCUAAAGAUACCACAGCGGAGAUUUCUAUGAAGGGUGACGGACAAGAUCAGAGGUCAGCUGUUGAUGGAAGAAGCCCCUUGACCAGUAACCAACAAGAUCAUGGGCUGCCACCAAUGGAUGGAAGAGGGCAAGAUUACAGGACACCAACAAUGGAUGGAAGAGGAUUAGAUUACAGGCCACCUCCAAUUGAUGGAAGAGGACAGGAUUACAGGUCACCACCAAUGGAUGGAAGAGGACAAGAUUACAGGCCACCACCAAUGGAUGGAAGAGGACAAGAUUAUAGGUCACCACCAAUGGAUGGAAGAGGACAAGAUUAUAGACCACCACCAAUGGAUGGAACAGGACAAGGUUACAUGUCAAUGCCGAUGAAUGGAAGAGGACAAGAUUACAGGUCACCACCAAUUGAAGGAAGAGGGCAAGAUUAUUACAGGCCACCACAAAUGGAAGGACGGGGGGACAAUUACAGGCCCGCACCAGUGGAAGGAAGAGGUCAAGAUUAUUAUAGGCCACAGCCAGGAGAUGGUAGAGGGGCAGAUUACUACAGGCCACCACCAAUGGAUGGGGCAGGGCAAGAUUACAGACCAGCACCAAUGGAUGGAAGAUGGCAAGAUUACAGACCACCACCAAUGGACGGAAGAGGUCAAGAUUACAGACCACUACCAAUGGAUGGAAGAGGACAAAAUUACAGACCACCACCAAUGGAUGGAAGAGGGCAAGAUUACAGACCACCGCCAAUGGAUGGAAGAGGGCAAGAUUACAGGUCACCACAGAUGGAUGGAGGAAGAGUGCAAGGUUAUUACAAUCAGCCACCAAUAGCCAGUGGACAAGGGCAAGACUAUUAUAGACCGCCACCAAUGGAUGGAGGAAGUGGACAAGAUUAUAGGCCAUCAGCAGUAGAUGGAAGAGGACAAGAUUACAGGGCAUCCACGGAUAGAAGAGACCCAGUCCUGUCAGGUGGCCGGCAAGACUACAGGUCACCUAUGGAUGGAAGAGGGCCAAAUAUGCAGGGAGACCAGCAAGGCAACAGGUCACCUGUGGACAAUAGAGGUCCAAUUCCAGGAGAGCAUAGAGAUUAUGUGCCUCCCAGAGAAGCAAUGCAGGGACAGCAAAGCAACCAGCAAGGCAUCAGGUCACCUGUGGAUAAUAGAGGUCCAAUUCCAGGAGAGCAUAGAGAUUAUGUGCCUCCCAGAGAAGCAAUGCAGGGACAGCAAAGCAAUUUGAUGGGGGCACAAGGAAGUGCUCCAGUGGAGAGGAGUGAAGUGGAACCUUUCCCAUGGCCAAUAGAAGGAACAAACUGAGUUGUUAUGUCUUAAUCAAAGAGAACAAUCAAGGGGAAGGCUGAGGCAAAUAGAAGGCUGGUCGUGCAGGUUGAUCAAAAAUACUCUAGAGGUUGAGGCAAGUGGAAUACAAUUAAUAUAGCCAGAUUUUUUCUUCCCUUGUGAUGUUUCAUUCCAUUCGCUCACUUUGUUUGUUAGAGAAUUUUGUAAUAGAUUUAUUAGCUUUUGAGCAGUAGGAGGUUGGUUUACAAUUUAUGCAUGCAACCUGAAUGGUUUGCAGCAGAAUAGUCAGCCUUAGGGUUUAGUCAUUAAUGGUACAGUGACAUGACAUCAAACCCUGUAACAAAUGUCUUAUAAAUCUUGUGGACUUGCUGACAUGUGGUGGUACAUAAAAUAUCGUUUUUUUUGAGUAUGGUGGAACAUGAUGGUACAAGUCUGUAGGCCUUUUAGCUAUUUUACAUUAAUGGGCCACGUUUAGUUAUUCUUCCUCUUGGUAUACUGAUUACAUCAAAUAGGCAAUCUUUUUGGACUUCUGAGAUCA